GAGCCGCAUUCUCGCUGGGGGCGGAACCGAGCAGCGGUCACGUAGCUCAGGUCCUCCGGCGUCUGCUCCCUCGUGGGUCCUGAACCUUCCGCCCAGACCCGCCGUGUUGCCGCCAUCAUGCCGAUGUUCAUCGUGAACACCAACGUGCCCCGCGCCUCUGUGCCGGACUCGCUCCUCUCCGAGCUUGCGCAGCAGCUGUCGCAGGCCACCGGCAAGCCUGCCCAGUACAUCGCAGUGCAAGUGGUUCCGGACCAGCUCCUGGCCUUCGGCGGCUCCAGCGACCCCUGCGCGCUCUGCAGCCUGCACAGCAUUGGAAAGAUCGGAGGCCCGCAAAACCGCACGUACAGCAAGCUGUUGUGCGGCCUACUGGCCGAUCGCCUGCGCAUCAGCCCGGACAGGAUCUAUAUCAACUUCUACGAUAUGAACGCGGCCAACGUGGGCUGGAACGGCUCUACCUUCGCUUGAGGGCUGGCCUGGCCUCCUGGAGCCUCGCCGGUAUGGACGCCCACCUCUCCUGAUCGGAAGAAAUAAACGGUUUAGAGACCUUGUUUUCCUCA